UGGUAAGAGGAAGAGCAGAGCGGCAGUUAGCUUGCUGCUAGUAAGUGCAUUUCUGUCAUAGCAGCAGCUCUAAAGAGUGAGAGAACCUGAGGACGAGGAAGAUAAACUUUCUUAAAUUAAGCCAUUUCUGUCUGUCGGAGGAUAUAGAUUCAAUGUGAAGAUUUGGAAGAGGAUAUGGACUUGUUUACAUGAUGUCGUACAGGCUUGUUUCUAGGUAGGGAUCGAACUAACGACACCGAUAGCUAUUAUUUGGCUAGCUAGUUAGCUUUUAGCUACAUUAGCUAGCUAGCUAAAAGGGAGAGUGGUGAAGAACGGAGCCCGCCUCAGACUAAAGUGUCGGUAGCAGCUGGUGAGCGGUAACUGCAACAGGGAGCUGCUUGCAACUCCGGGGCCGGGACAAUAACGCACGCAGGAGGCCAGGUUCGGAAGAACCGGAGGAGAGGAGUCGGUGGGAUCGGGAGACUUGUCACACAGAGACUAGCUAACGUUACCCUGUCCGAUUUCGGACGAAGUGGGCUCGUUCGUUUUUACAGACACAAUCUGCAACAGGAGAAGGGAGCAAGGAAUAUGUCGCAUACUUGUUAUAAUCUGUGAAUUCUUUAGGUAGCUAGCUAAUAGCUAUAACUUAUUGAGCUCAGACGAAACACUUAUCUGGAAAUACAGUCACCUGAGUGACAAGCGUAGAUAUUCAACAUGUCAAAAAUGCCAGCAAAGAAGAAGAGUUGUUUUCAGAUCACGAGUGUGACACAGGCUCAGGUGGCGGCCAGUAGCAUCACUGAUGACACCGAGAGUCUGGACGACCCGGACGAAUCCAGGACCGAGGAUGUGUCAUCCGAAAUAUUCGACGUGUCCCGGGCCGAUCCUGGAGUAUGUGACAGAAGUUCAUCGGAGGAGACUUUAAACAAUGUAGGGGAAGCGGAGGCAGCUGUCAUGGUCUUACAUUUACUUCAAGAGGGGCAGCCAGUGGCUGCAACAGGUCCUUUUAAUGGGGGCCAUGUUUUUAGAAGUACAGGCGUGAGUCAUGUCAACCCACCCUUUUUAGGGGGGAGUGUUCCUGUACCAGCUGUGAGUCAGCCAUCCAUUCCAACCUCGGCCACCCAGCAGCCGACAACAGUCAACACUGGCCCUGCUGCAAGUGUUUCCCCAAGUGUGUCUCAGAUGCCCCCCGCGGCGGCACCUAGCUCUUCAACGACGACAAGCUGUAGUUCACGUUUCAGGGUCAUUAAACUUGACCACGGUACAGGAGAGCCCUUCAGACGGGGCAGAUGGACAUGUACAGAGUUCUAUGAGAGAGAUUCUGAGGGCUGUAGCAUGAGCAGGACUGUGGAUAGCAUAAAACAUGCUGUCACCACUGACCACAAUGCAGACAGUGGGCUAGGGGCCACAGGAGGCACUGUGGUCGCUCCUAGUACCCUCUCCACACAGGCUCAGGAGUCAGCGGGUGAUAGUGGCUACUACACUUUCCACCAUGGCCAUCCUCCGGAGCUUCAGCAGCAAGGCUACGGCUUAGAGCCCCAGACAGGGAGCGGGGCGAGUGCCUUACAGCCCACAGGGUACUCAGCGACGGUAUCCCAGUCCCAGGUCAACGUGCAGCCCGCUGUCCCCCAAACACUUCACCCUACUGGCCUCAAUGGCGUGCCCCAAGAUGGCAUGCUGCAAAAAUCCCCCCUUAUGCCUCUUCCCACGCAGGCCCAGCAGUUUGCCUACUCCGCUCAUCCGUCUGGAAUGCCCCCCAGUCAGCACUUACCCCCUCUACAGCCUCAGGGCUCCAGCCCUCAAACCCUCCCCGUGGCCUCCCUCUCUGUGGGGCAUCCUUCGAGCCAGGGCCCCUCGUCUGGCAAAACCCCUCAGGCCGGGGAGCUGGCUGGGUCUUUGCACGGCGGUCCUUUAGCCUUGGCCCAGGGGCUGUUGCUGCAGGUAGCCAGCGGGGCAGUUAUGGCUCCUCUCCUGCCCGGGGGUGCCCUACAGCAGCCGGUGAGUCAUCCUCAGCCGUCAGGAGGAGUGGGCAGCGCCUCCGUUGUACAGAAUGUGCCUGCCACAGUGCCCAGCGCCACCAACAACACCCCAGGCAUGCCAAGCCAGGCUCCUGACACAGGAGGACUCCCCCUGGCCCAGGUAGCUCACGGUGAGACCACAGCUGGAGCAGCCGGGCAGGGCCUUCCCACAGCCAGCCAGGGGGAUGACAGCCGCAGGAGGUCGGACACCCUACCUCAGCCCAAUGCCACCCCUGGAAAAGAUGUCAUGAGGCCUUUCAUCCCUGAGAGCUUGCAGCUGGCUACUCCCACCGUCAACAGCCUGUUCGGGAUAGCCAUUCCCAUGGAUGGAGAUGAGGAUGGUUCUUCUGGAGCCAGUGUUGUAGCCAUCGAUAACAAGAUCGAGCAAGCAAUGGACCUAGUGAAGAGCCACCUGAUGUAUGCGGUGAGGGAGGAGGUGGAGGUGCUGAAGGAGCAGAUCAAGGAGCUGUAUGAGAGGAACUCUCAGCUGGAGCGGGAGAACGCUGUGCUCAAGUCCCUGGCCAACACUGACCAGCUCACCCAGCUGUCGUCCACCCAAAUCAGCCCGGCCGGCAGCAUCUCCCCGCCUCAGCAGCUACCCCCCACCAAUAACACCAAACCCCACUUGGAGGGUGCAGCUCAGGCUCUCAGCCUGCCCCAGCAGCCCAACGUCACCUCGGCAUGAUCCCCUGCCUCCGUAACACACCUCCCCGAAAUACGCGAUGAGGAGACCCCAACUAACCAACCAUAACAUAAUCAACACUUGAUUAUGUUUUUUUUGAGAAGCAAAAACAAGCAAAAUUGACCUUUGUUUGCCGCCAUUGUCUUUGAGUGGCGUUAAGAGCCGUGCUGCAGUGUGCUGCUGCUUCCCCUGUAUUAGACAAUCAUCAUCCUGUGAAAGCGUUCUUUUGGCCGGGCGUCCCCGCGUUAAGUCGAAAGGGAGCUGGCCAAUGGAGGAGUACGGUGCAGGCUGCGCCCCACGCAGGGGAGAGAAGUGAUGGGCUGCAUGGUGGCAGGAUAUCUGGUGGUGGUCCAAAGGGCCCAAAAACUAUGGGCUGUUGGUGGCGAGUGGAAAAGAGCAGGGGAAUGAGAGAAACAAAGAGACUGAGGUGGAGAAGAGGAUUCACCCCACCAUAGGAGGAAUGGGUCUCUCACGGUGAGAAGAGGAUUCACCCCACCAUAGGAGGAAUGGGUCUCUCACGGUGAGAAGAGGAUUCACCCCACCAUAGGAGGAAUGGGUCUCUCACGGUGAGAAGAGGAUUCACCCCACCAUAGGAGGAAUGGGUCUCUCACGGUGAGAAGAGGAUUCACCCCACCAUAGGAGGAAGGGGUCUCUCACGGUGAGAAGAGGAUUCACCCCACCAUAGGAGGAAUGGGUCUCUCACGGUGAGAAGAGGAUUCACCCCACCAUAGGAGGAAUGGGUCUCUCACGGUGAGAAGAGCGAGCGAGACUAGUUUUCCCAGAGCCACCACACUUUGACCCAAGUAAAAAAAAAUAAUACCUUCAUUAGUUCAGUUUUACUGUUUGCAUUUAUUUAUUUCGGGGCUGCUAUUUUCAUAAUGUAAAUGAACAAUGUCACAGAAAUACUUAUAUUAUAAAAAAAAACAAAAACAAGUUUCUGGUAUGUUAGAUUAUCGGUCAGGCAUUCAGUUGGUAGUCUAAUGCAAAAAGUAGUUCCGUAUAGGCAAUAGCACCGCUAACACUAAAAGGCAGUUCGUUUAAAUGAGAUGAAAUCCAGGUUGAAUGUACAUUUUGUAGAGCGUGUAAAGUAUUGAGAGCAUAGAGGGUUUGUACAGGUGAAAACCAGUUCUUCAAAUAUAUAUUCUUCAAUGAAUUUUCGGUGGUUAUAUUUUGAUGAAGAACACUGUUCAUUUCCUUUGCUAUAGUUUCUUUUUUGAAAAAAAUGUAAAAAUUGCCAUACUUCCCCAACCUUUUAGAAAAUUAUAUUGCGCAUAUUUAAUUUCUGAGCUGGGGGUAAAAAAAAAAAAAAAAGCUGUGAAAUUGUUCAACUUACUUUUGUAACCAAAGACACAAAGCUGUGUAAUUCCUAUAUUUUUAUUUUUAUUUUUUAAUGCACACUUCUAUGUAUUUUUUUUUAUUUUUUAUUUUUUACUUCCUCCUUCACAUCAAAUGUUUUUUUUGGGAUGCUGUUUAGCAUGUUCUGCAUGAUCUAUAAUCAAACCACUUUCUUACCUCAUGUUUUUAUCCAACACUCUUAAUGUAACAUGUAGUUAGUCAUUCAGUCUGAGCGAUGGGUAAAGGAGCGAUCUGAGAGAUUGAGGGGAGAGAGACAGAAUGAGGGAUUAAGAGGAAGGGAGAGUCCGAUGCUCACAUUAGCAGAAAAUGAAGUUUGACCCAUCUUUUUGUUCAUGUAAACAGUGUUUUCUUUAAAAUGUCAUAUGCAGACAAAGUUUUGUUACAUUUUAAUGUAUUUGAUGAAUGCAAACAUUUACAUUCUGAUUGUAGUGUUCCAAUCCGUACUUCAAUAAAAAAACGUUCAAACUUAACGGAAAACUUUGUACACAUUUCACAACUCUAGCUUGAACCCAGUAAAUUCUUGUAUGAGCGUAUUAUGGUAUGUCCUAUCUGUGUUAGAUGUAUUUUGUGCCUCCUGCACCAUCGCCGGUUGUCGGCGACCUGGUUUAUUCUUUGUGGCUUAUAAUUGUACAAUCGGUCAUCUUUAGCGGGAUGAAUUUAGAUUUCACCUUCAGUUGGGUUUUUUAUUUUUUUGUUUGAAGGAGAUGCUGUGCACAUGCCAGGUGUACUGUAUGAACGUGAUUAUCACUGAGCCUUGGAGAAAAUAUCUUAACAAUGCCCUUGUAAUGUGCUGUUCUGACGGUUUCAGUUUUCAGUAAAAAAAAUAAAUUACUGUUUUAUUAAGAAUGUCAA